AUGCUCCUGUACGCCUUUCUUGCCUAUUUAGGCAUCGCUGCCGCUGAAACCUGCAGGAUUACCGGCUCUGGCAUUGCAAAUUGCCGUUUCUGCCCUGGCAAUUGCGAUAUUAAGAGCACAUUCCCUCCAGGCAGCUCCCGGGAUAUCGACUGCCUCUGGAACAGGGGCGAGGAAGUUCAAGGCGACAAAUUCAAGGCGCUGGGGCUACAAUGGAAACCGCGACUGUUUUGUAUCUUUGGCGAGGAUUGGAGAUUGCAACUUAAACGCCAUUACUCAAUGCGGAGUGUCUGUUCCAGUUGGCUUUGCGCCUCCGAGCUCUUGACAAUGCAGAUGAACGAGUCAUUGUAA